AUGGGCAACUGCAGUUCCAAUCCCAAACCCAAACCCAAACCCAAACCACCCAAACUCAAUCCCUACUCCCCCAGACCUCCGCCGCCGGAGCCACUGCCGGAGGAGCCCUUUAGUACGGACACCCCUGUUUUAAAUACUCCCAACGUCAUCGUCAGUGGCAAGAAGUCCAAGUUCUUUCCCUUUUCUAGCACUCCCAGCCCUGCCCGUUACUUCUCUAAGAAUUCUCCGGCGUUGGCGCCGCCGCCUUCGUCGGAGCCGCGGAGUGCAGCUUCUACUCCUGGGAGAACGUACAAGCGGCACCUCCGUCCACCGUCGCCGGCUAGACAUGUCAAGGCGUUGCUAUUGAAGCGACAUGGGCGGAAGAGCACGUCCUCAACCGUACCGGAGGGGGCGGAAGGCGGUGUUGCCGCGGCGGGGGAGCUGGAUAAGAGUUUUGGGUUUUCUAAGCUGUUCACGAACAAGUACGAGAUGGGGGAGGAAGUGGGCAGAGGGCAUUUUGGCUACACUUGUUCCGCCAUAGCCAAGAAAGGGGAGCUCAAGAAUCAAAAGGUGGCAGUCAAGGUCGUCCCAAAAGACAAGAUGACAACAGCCAUUGCAGUUGAGGAUGUCAGGAGAGAGGUGAAGAUAUUACGAGCAUUGACAAAGCAUAGCAACCUUGUCCAGUUUUAUGAUGCAUUUGAGGACGAAAUUAAUGUCUACAUAGUAAUGGAGCUGUGUGAAGGUGGAGAGCUUCUUGAUAGGAUACUGGCAAGGGGUGGCAAAUACUCUGAGGAUGAAGCUAAGGUGGUGAUGGCACAAAUAUUGGAUGUUGCUGCAUUCUGUCAUCUUCAGGGUGUCGUGCACCGUGAUUUAAAACCUGAGAACUUUUUAUAUACAUCAAAGGAUGAGAGUUCCCAGUUAAAAGUGAUUGACUUUGGCUUAUCUGAUUUUGUACGACCAGAUGAAAAACUAAAUGACAUCGUUGGUAGUGCAUAUUAUGUUGCACCUGAAGUUUUGCACAGAUCGUAUGGUUCAGAGGCUGAUGUUUGGAGUAUAGGCGUAAUAGCAUAUAUUCUUUUAUGUGGAAGUCGCCCUUUUUGGGCCCGAACUGAGUCAGGCAUUUUCCGAGCAGUCUUGAAAGCUGACCCAAGUUUUGACGAAGCCCCAUGGCCUUCUUUGUCUGUGGAGGCUAAAGAUUUUGUCAAGCGGCUGCUUCAUAAAGAUCCUAGGAAAAGAAUGACUGCUGCACAGGCACUGAGUCAUCCCUGGAUCCGAAAUUGCAAUGGUGUAAAAGUUCCUCUUGAUAUCAUUAUAUUCAGACUCAUGAAAGGGUACAUGCGAUCAUCGUCAUUACGAAAGGCUGCUUUGCGGGCAUUGUCCAAAACAUUGAAUGCAGAUGAGCUUUUCUAUCUGAAGGAGCAGUUUGCAUUACUGGAGCCCAACAAGAAUGGUUGUAUAAUGCUAGACAACAUAAAGACAGCACUAAUGAAGAACUCUACGGGUGCUAUGAAGGAAUCUCGAGUUCCUGAUUUUCUUGCCGCGCUGAAUGCACUUCAAUAUAGAAAGAUGGAUUUUGAAGAAUUUUGUGCAGCUUCAGUAAGUGUUCAUCAAUUGGAAGCGUUAGGUCAAUGGGAACAGCAUGCUCGUAGCGCAUAUGAAAUCUUUGAGAAGGAAGGAAACCGGGCUAUCGUCAUUGAAGAACUUGCAUCGGAACUUGGGCUUAGUCCUUCAGUACCAGUUCAUGCGGUCCUGAAUGACUGGCUGAGACAUACUGAUGGAAAGCUAAGCUUCCUUGGAUUUGUUAAGUUGUUGCAUGGUCCCUCUACUCGAUCACAUUCUAAGGUGGCAUAA